AUGGACCAGGCUCUUGAUCGCAGUCUUGACGAUAUUCUUGCGGACCGCAAGCAGAACAACAGAGGUCCUCGCGGCCGUCGUCGUCGCGGCGACAGACAAGACUAUCCCAGAGAUGGCGUCAGAAAGCCCUUCAGAGACGAUGCGCCCAGGAACAUUGACUCAGAGUGGGUUCACGACAAGUUUGAGGGUUAUGGGAGCCGCCGCUCUGCGCCUCGUCGCCGACACUCCAUCGAGCUGCCUAGUGACUCCAGGGGCGCCAAGAUCAGAGUAGACAACCUACACUACGAACUGACCCAAGAAGAACUCGAAGACCUCUUCUCGCGCAUCGGCCCGCUCAUCAAGCUAGAAAUGAAGUACGACCGCGCCGGCCGCUCCGAGGGUACCGCGUUCGUGACCUACGAAUCCCACCGCGACGCCGCCCAGGCGAUCCGCGAGUUCGACGGCGCGAACGCUGCCGGCCAGCCAAUCCGCCUGACGCUCAUGCCCAGCGGGCCCUCCACGAGCAGACGCAACCCGUUCGAGACCCCUGUCGCGCCCGGCCGCCCGCUUGCCGAGCGCAUCACUGUGCCCGGUCAGAAAAACCAGGGCCGGUCGAGGUCGCUUUCUCCGUCCCGUCGGGAGGAGUCGGAUGAGGAGGCCGCGAGGAGGGGCGUGGAUCGGUACCGGCCCAGGGGUGGCAAUGGGGGCCGUGGUAACGGUGGUGGUGGUGGCAGGCUGAGUCGGUCGCGGAGUCCGGCCGGUGGUGGUGGAGGACGGGGUGGUGGUAGACGCAGGGAUGGCGGUGGGAGGAGGCCUGGUGCUAGGCGGGAAGGUGGUGGUGGUGGUGGUAGAAGGGGAGGCGGUGGUGAGCGGACGGGUAGAGAUGGGCGCCCGAAGAAGACGCAGGAGGAGCUGGACGCGGAGAUGGCGGACUACUUCGCUGGCGGUGGGGUUGUUCAGGAGAGUGCCUCUGUUGGGGGUCCGAACGAUGCUCCCGCGCAGCAGCAGCAGGAGUUUGGCGAGGAUGUCGACAUGAUUGAGUAAUUGGGAGCGCGCGGAAAUCGGCGGUUUGUUGGCUUGUGGAUACUGGGGACGUCUUCACAUCGGGUUCAAAUAGGGCUGUAAAAGAAGAUGCUGCUUGUUGGGUUGAGGCACAUGGAUUGCCGGCUCCGCUCUUGGGUUGUUACGCGAUUCAGAAUGGUCAUUUGCUUGCGCUUACGCUGUGUUGUCGAUGUUCUAUGUUCUUGACGUCUUCCCUCUCGAUGGUCUGGCUGGAACUACUCUUGCCCUGCCUUUACCUUGGGAAGCACAUACUGUACCGUACCAAACAUCCGCAGAGCACGUUAGGUUAGGGCUGGUGGUCUCCAGAAAGGCGUCCCGCUAUGUUGUACUACCUUACUU